UUUGAGUUUCAUAUGUUCUUCAAUUGUAGGAAUGCGGUUCUUGCUUUGCCAAUCCUCGCCUUUAUGUCUGAAUCCGACCCUCCUUGUUCAUCGAUGAUGCUUCCCAGGUAUGUGAAGGAUUCUAAAUCUUCCAGAGUUUCGCCAUCAAAAGUGACUGGAUUGCUGUUCUCCGCUUUGAAUUUGAGGACCUUGGUUUUCCCCUUGUGUAUGCUGAGGCCUACUGAUGCAGAGACUGCUGCUACACUGACUGUCUUUAUCUGCAUUUGUUCAUGUGUAUGCAAUAGGAUGGCUAGGUCAUCUGCGAAGUCCAAAUCAUUUAAUUGAUUCUGAGCUGUCCAUUGUAUUCCGUGUUUUCCGUCAGAUGUCGAGGUCUUCAUAAUCCAGUCGACCACCAGAAGAAAGAUUAAGUGAGAGAGUAGACAGCCUUGUCUGACUCCGAUCCUUACUUGGAAUGCAUUUGUCAGCUGUCCUCCAUGCACGACCUUGCACUGUAGUCCGUCGUAUGAGUUCUGGAUAAUAUUGACAAUCUCCUCAGAGACUCCGUAGUGUCGAAGAAGUUUCUAUAACGUCCUCCUAUCUACACAAUAUUCAUCUCCGUACAGUAGGACUGACUGUCUUGACGUUUUUAUCGAAGAUUUUGACUUUGAUAUUGGUUGGAAGUUGUUAACCAGGAAAAAUAAUUCAUUGUAUAAGCUACGGUAACAACAAUAAAUUAUAGUUACCAAGUUAUCAAUUUUAAAAAUUAUGAUCACUGCUGUUAUCUGGUUAAUCAGGAAAUCUUGUUUCAUUUUUUGCCUCGAAAAUUUCAUUUGUUAUAUCUUCUUGUUCUUUACAACCCAUUCUCCUUAACGAAGACGUAAAACAAUAAUGUUAUUCAAACUUUUUUCUUAUUUCCUGUAAUUCACAUGGGAUUUGUUUGUAUGUGUGUGUUUUUUUGUUUUUUAUUCUAGGCGGUAAUCCACUACUUGCUUCUGUUUGGGAAGAAAAAGCAGCUGGACCAUUUAGUUUAAUGCAUUCCGGUUAUGGUAUGGGAGCAGCAUUAGCUCCUUUAUUAGUGAAACCAUUUACAAUUCCUUCAACUUCAGUUAAUAAUACUACAAAUAAUAAUCAUUCCUUAGCAACAAAUAUUGCUACUAAACAAGAUAAUUCAACUGAAUUAGUGAUUGUCAAUGCUGUGAUACCUUAUUCAAUCGUUGCUGGAAUUGUAUUAUUUUGUGUAUUUUAUUUUUUAAUAAUUAUGUGUAUUGAUCAUUCAACAGAUCCAGAACACAAUGGAAUUAUGUCAUUAAGAAAUAAUAACAAUACCAAGAUUACCUCAUCAUCAUGGAAACAAUUUUUUACUAAGAAACAUCUAUUUCAUUCUAUUAAAUUCAUUCAAUCUAUCAUUUGUCAAAAAUGUUAUACAAUUAAAAAGAUUCAUUUAAUCAUUAUUAGUUGUACAUUUAUAGCAUUCUUUACAAUUGUUGGCAAUGAACGUGUAUUUGGUAAAUUUAUGUUUACUUAUGCAUUAUAUGGUCCUAUACAAUUAACUAUCAAAGAUAGUUAUAUUAUUAAUCUUAUAUAUUGGUUAUGUUUUUGUUUAGGACGUAUCUUAUUAUUUCUAUUAGCACUAUGGAUUAAAGCUACUAUAUUAUUAUUAGUAUUAUGUAUUGGUACAUUAUGUAGUUCUAUUGGUUUAAUUAUAUUACCUUAUGAAAAAUUAUGGUUUUAUUUAUGUACAAUAUUAUUUGGUUUAUUUAAAAGUCCAUUAUUUCCAAUUACCUUAGCAACUAUUAAUUAUUCAUAUGAAAUUAAUGGUUUUUUAAUUAUUAUAGUAAAUUUUGGUAGUUCAUUUGGUGCUACAUUAUUACAAUUUAUUACUGGUUAUUUAAUUCAUCAAUAUGGACAAAUGAUAUUUCCAUAUUUAGUAACUAGUACAUCAUUAUUAUUAUUAAUUACAUCGAUUAUAUUAAUAUUAAGUUUAUUACAUAUUGGUAAUCGAUUUAAACAUUUAAAUCAUAUUAUAAUUGAUACAAUGAAUGAAUCAAUCAAUGAAAAUAAUCAAUAUAUUACUACUAAUACUACUAACACUAACACUACUAAUAAUGAUAAUGAUAAUAGUACAUCUCCUAUAACCAUAUUACCAAGAUCAAAAGUGAUUCAGUCGAAAUUCAAUAAACAAAUCAAUUCGAUCAAUAAUAAUAAUGAAAAAUUAUAAAAUUUGAAAUGAUUGAUUUAUUGAUUUUUUUUUCAUCAUUUUUUUCAUUAUUUCAUAUUGGAUAAUCAAUAAUUAUGAAUUAUGUAAUCGUAGAGUUCGUAUAUAGAAGAGAGAAUUUUCUAGGUGAAUAAAAUUAUUGAUUUUUAUUUUGAAUUUUUUUUCCUUUUUUAAAAAAAGAAACAACUAAACAAACAGUAUUUCAUUUUUAUUUUUAUUAUUUACUUACUUACUUGCGCCUGUUACUCCUAAUGGAGUAUAGGCCGCAGACUAGUAUUCUCCAACCAACUCUGUCCUGGGCCUUCUUUUCUAGUUCCAUCCAAUUCUUGUUCAUUUCUCUCAUGUCUAUCUCCAUUUCCCGGAGUAAUGUGUUCUUUGGUCUUCCUCUUUUCCUUUGGCCUUGAGGAUUCCAUGUGAGGGCUUGUCUUGUGACGCAGUUGAGUGCUUUCCUCAAUGUGUGUCCUAUCUUUAUUAUUAUUUAAUGGAAAAAAAACUAAAGAGAGAAAAUUAAAAAAAGAAGAAAUUUCAUAAAAUCUAUAAAAAAAAUCUCAUUUCUCAUUACGUAUUCAAAUAAUUUUUUUUCUUUUUCUUUACUUUUUUUUCUUCGUUUUUUUGAAAAAAAAAGAAAAAAAAAUUUUUUUUUUGUGAUCUCGGUGUAAUCAUGUUAUAUUGUUAUUUCAUUGGAAUAAAUUAUCUUUGAAAUUAA